UAAAAGGAACUUUGAGGUACAUCCCAAGACGGAUCAAAACGUGGUUAUUGACUUCUUUGAAAUCAAAGAAGAAGAAGAGACGAAAGGGAUGAGCUCCGAGAUCGAAUCUAGUUCGGACAAGUCUUCACAUCAGGUGGAUCAUGUUUCUGAUGUAGACAAAGGGUCGCAAAAACACGAGAAGCUCGAGACACGUUUCGUAGCAUAUGAUAGAGUACGUCAUCCAACAACUUACAGCAUCACGUUCGACUCUUAUGCGAAAAUGGUGAAGAUGGUCAAGGAUGGAUAUUACGAGUCCCUUCCUUUCACUUCCGGUGGAUACACUUGGACGUUCAAAAUCUACCCAAACGGAAACACGAAGGUAGUAGGACUGCCAGGAUUUUGGGUUUCAGUUUAUACAAAAAUCGAUACCUCAAUCUUCGUCACCAACCCACAAGAUGUGUAUGCGGAGAUUAAGUUCUUCGUCUACGACGGUUUCAAACGCGUUUACUCUACACACCAAGAAAGUGAGCCAGUAAGGUUUGAUAAAGUAAAAUCGGAGUGGGGAAUUCCGUUUUUCCUGGGCACGGGAUGUUUCAUAGAGGGGUUAUAUCUUUACGACGGAGGGAAAUGUGAGGUUGGAAUAGAUAUCUUAGUUGAUCAACGCUACCAGAGGGAACUUUUCUCUUAUGACGAAAACGUCAUCAACCCCGUUUUCACUUGGAACAUCACCAAUUUCUCUACCCUCUAUCAUCACUCGUACACAUCCAAUACGUUUUCUUCUGGAGAUAGAAACUGGGUUUUGAAAGUGUAUCCAAAUGGAUAUGGUGUUGGAAAGGAUAGAUAUUUGUCACUCUACCUGUUGAGUGUGAAUAAUGAGGUCAAUUACGUUGAAGGCACGCUACGAGUUCUAAACCAAAUUACAUCCGGUAAUGUGGUGAAGCAAGUUGAGGGAUGGCCUAAUGCAGCAGAAAAUGGAUGGGGCUUCCAGGAGUUUAUAUCUCUUGCAGAUCUUCAAGUUCAAGGUUUUGUUGUGAACGAUUUGCUUCAAGUUCAAGUCGAGAUCACGGCCUUCUCUAAACGGACUCCAUUUACCUAGGGUUUAUGGUGAGCCCAAAAAAAAACCUCCCUAUCCUCUUUCGCUUUUUACUUCUGUGUAUUUUGUUAACUAUGUCAUUCGAUCAUGGAAGGCUCAAUUCGGAGAUCUCUUGAAACUACUCCGAGACAAUUUAUCAUCAGUGGAUCGCUGAAGCCAUGUGAUGUUUAUGUUUAUGUAUCCAAAAUAAGAAAUAUUUCUAGAAAUCUUUCCCCACAAUCUACUCUUCUUUUUAUUAAAAAGAAAAAGAAAAAAAAACUCUACCUCUUUUGUUUAUACUCCAUGUGUGUCCAAAUUAAUAAUGAG